AUGCCAUCUUCUGAGAGGUUUGACGCGUACGCAUGUAGCCUGCGUCCUCUUGAUCGCAUACCACCUCCCGAGCAAAAAAUCUGGGCGAAAAAGGUUCCCGAUGUCGAGGACUUCGUCCUCACAUGUUACCUCAUCCAUGAUGACAAUACUUUUACCUUCAUUGGUCGCAUAAACUGCAAACCGAUUCAAGAUUUGACCUUCCCAGGAUGGAUCUCCGGGAUAUGGCCUCAUUUUCUCAAGCUGGUGCUCCACGAGUUCGCACAGGGGAUCACCCAGAAGUCUCUCCGAGUGGUUAUUACCAAAUGGCUCAUACAGGGAGCUCGUGGCUUCUUCAAACGAAAUAGCUUCGCCCGAGUCAAUGCAACUCGAUCCCUCAGUCUCAGAACGAAGGUCUGGCUCGAUCCCAUCCUCAGGGACAACUUCUUCGUCUGGAAUCACGCCGCACAUAGCACUUUGGAGCUCCAUGAAAUAAGCGCCCACGUCACUCGAGCCUUCCGUGGUGCUCUCAAGGGCACUAUACUUAUUUUCAUUUGCUACAGCAACCUCAACAUUGAAGCUCUUUACCCCAGGUGGGUUCGUAUCAUUCGAGCUUGA